AUGAUGUUGCCUCUAGUUAAUCGGCUUGCUCUGAGGCGACGACCAAACCGGCCCCCCAACAACAACGAUACAAGCACCCCACCAGACGAGGAUAACAAGGACUCUUCCCCGGAAGGUGACACAUACUAUCCCAGUUGUUUCGAUGUUUUGAAGGUUCGGUAUCUACUACAGCACAUCUGGCAAUGGACGAGGAACUCGCAAGAGUUGCUGCCAGCUGAAAUUGUAGAUAUGAUUGUGGACGCAGCCGAGUAUUGGGCUUCUUCUGAGUCCGUCUUGAAAGGAGAGACUGUUAUCAGGAAAGAUCAGGAUCAGAUUAUUUUAACGACGGUACCUCUGUGCUAUGAUGUGCAGGUAAGUUGGAGCUUUUGGCCUACUACCUUGAAUACUCCGGCUCCAAAGCCUCUGCCCCAUCGGACCACUCAUCCAUGCCGCCAGAUCAUCUUUAUUAUUGAAUCUCACGAUCAGGGAUGGGGUGGCGGCCCAGGGUCUCGCGGCCAAUACGGGGGCUCUUACUCGUGGUUUGAUACCGAAGUCAUUCACUCAGCACAUCAGAAGAGAGCUGCAAAUAAUCAGCCUCCACCACAGGGUCCAUUCCAUUUUGGGCCCGAUCAUCCUAACCUGCUGCCAACGGCUCAUAAGCUACAGUCGAAUAAGACGGCCGUGCCAGGUUCGCAAAAGCAUACUAUUGUUUGGCACUACCAGGAUGAUAUCGCUCCGGACUCGAGUGAAGCGGAGGAAAUUGAACGAACUCAGGGACGAGGACGAGCCACGCUGGAUGGAAGCCAAGUCCGCAGUCUGGAGAUUGGAGAUGCGAUUGCUGUCUGGGGUCGAGCACGGUUUGGAGGGUGGUCGAACCAUGUGCAGCGAGUGUCAGUGCGGGUGUUUUGGGCGGUCUAA